UGGUGACAAACAGUCUUUUCGUUCUUCCGGACGUCGACUAUAUUAUUGUCUUAAAGAACGGAAAGAUCACUGAUUUUGGGACUUAUGAUGAACUCAUGGCUCUUAAGGGAGACUUCGCUGAACUCAUGGAUCAGUUCACCACAAGUGUCGUUGACGAUGACUCUGACAGCACCCACUCAUCGGAGGGGCCGAUUAGAGCCCGAGCAUCGACUAGUGAACCACCGGCGCAGACAACCGACUCGACUGUAGAUAAAUCAAAAUUAGUUGAAAUCGAAACCACGGGUUCAGGAAAUGUUAAGUUUGAAAUAUACAAAAAGUUCGCAAAAUCGAUGUCAAUGUUCUGGACAUUCAGUAUAAUUACCGGAUAUGCCAUCACUAAUGGCUGUAACAGUGGAUCCAGUUUUUGGAUCACGUAUUGGACCGAAGACCCGAAUGGCACAGAAAGGAAUGGCUAUUAUUUAGGAAUAUAUGCUGUCAUAGGCUUCUGUCAGGCGGUGUCCCUGUGGUACGGCUGGAGCUCAAUAGUGUCCGGGUCUUUGUUGGCCUCACGUACUCUACACCAGAAACUGUUGACAAACAUAAUCCACGCGCCGAUGCACUUCUUCGACACCACACCCAUGGGUCGAGUCAUCAAUCGGUUCAGUAAAGACAUCGACGUUUUGGACAGUAUUAUGCAAAUGACGUUAAGGGUAUUAUCGAGUACGGUAUUCCAGACCCUGGCUAUACUGGCCACCAUAUCCAUACAGACCCCUAUAUUUAUCGCGGUGUUUGUGCCGGUUAUGGUUAUCUACUAUUUAAUACAGAAAUUCUAUGUCACAACCAGUCGUCAAUUGAAACGAUUAGAGUCGGUCACUAGAUCUCCGAUAUACUCGCAUUUCAGUGAAACCCUGAACGGUGUGUCCACUAUUAGGGCUUACAAUGCAAACCAGAGGUUCAUUGAGGUGUCCGACCAGAGGGUAGACAACAAUCAGAUGUGUUUCUAUCCCAACGCUGUCGCCAACUGUUGGUUAUCCAUAAGACUUGAAUUCUUAGCAAAUUUAAUCAUAUUCUUCGCGGCCUUACUAUCGGUGCUCUCGAGGGGUAGUCUCAACGGCGCAGAGAUAGGACUUUCCAUAUCAUAUGCCCUGAAUAUAACACUAGUACUGAAUUGGGGGGUCCGGAUGUUUGCGGAAAUGGAGAACAAUGUGGUGGCCGUCGAGCGUAUCGACGAAUACACGCAAAUAGAGUCGGAAGCGAAA